AGGAUUUGACUCUCAUGAAGUUCCCUGUAUCUAAAAUAUCUCUGGCUGAGACCUAAGGCAGUCAGAGAAACGCUGCUGAGGCUUGUUGGAGAAAGGAAACCGAAAGCAAGUGUUUGUUGGGCGGAGCCUCAAAAUGUCAUAAUUAUUAUGCUCCCUAUCAACAGUGCUCGGGACUCAGCUGCACAGCCCAGGUUAGCCAAGUUUCCAAGUGAAAGGAGUCAGCCGUGCUUUCCACUUUCCAUCUCUCAAGACUUGACUUUCAUGUCCUACCACUAAUAGUGAAAAGCUUUGUGAGGCAGAAGCUUUAAACUAUCAGGACAUAACACUAAUCCCUGAACUGACGACUUAGGCUGCUUGUGGAGAGAGAAUCCAGUGAGAAUUGAAACUGACCAGCUUCCGGUUGGCUUUGCCGCCACCACACCGCUGCCAUGCCUUCCCUGCUCGCCGCUGUGUUUUCCCUGUGGUGAUGAAAUCUACUCUUCUGGAACUGAAAAGAAGACUGAGGGGACCAGCCAUGCUGCUCGUCCUCUGAGGACUUGAACCUGAGCAAACCACAUCAGCUUGGAACGCAGACAUUUCCUUUACAUUUCCUUCAGCUCUGUCCCCUGGAGUCUCUUAGACUGAACUCAUUUCUCUUGAGCUUCAGUCCAUCUUAAAGAUUUCCUGCCAGCCUUUUUAGGAGACUGACAUUUUCUGCAGUCCCUCUUGCAGGGUCCCUGAGGUACCUUCUAGGGCAGUAGCUGAGUAGCUUAGUGGCUUAACCCUCAUACAGCACUGGGAGUCUCUCAGUAAUAAAUGCCUUUCCUCCCACAGUGCAAGACUUGCCACAUCUGCCCCUGAGCCCUCUGUUUUAGCCCAGACAAUGAGCCAGCGAGCUCAUUUCAGCUUGUAAGAGCUCAAGCUCCCACCUCCACACUUCCUCCUCUUCUUCCCCUUCUGUCUUUUUCAAAACACAGUUUCAGAAAAACACCUGUCCACCUUCUUUUUCCACUUUCUAACACAAGCCUUCACCUCCCCUCCCAGGUUAGAUUGCUACCCAUUAUAAAACAUCAGUCCUCUGAAUCCUGUCUAUCACUUUUUGUAUUCACAGCUGACUUUGACUGAGCGAUUACUCACAGGUAGUUCUGUUACCAGUUCUUGAUUCGGUUGCAUGGCAUUGUUAACAGUAGUCAUUUAAAGGUUCUGAUCACCUUUCCCCCACAUUUUACACUCUGAGGAUGUGGACACUUUAGAAGGUUGUAAUUUACCAGAUGUCACACCACCAGGAAAUGGCAGAGCCAGGAUUUGAGUCUAUGUCUGUCUAGGUAUAUAGCUGUCAGCUAUAGGCAGCAAAUGAACACAGCUGGAAAUCCCUGAAGAAUUCAGAAUUCUUGGCCCGGGGAAGGCGGGGGUCUGUCCUGCACAGCUGAUGCCAGGUGUCAUUGCACAUUCUCCAAAUAAUAAGAAGGCAGUUAACAAAAGAAAGAGCAGAGGGCUUGGAUUUAGAAGACUUGCGCUUGGGCCAUCUACUCAUCUUUUGCAAGCUGUGUGGCAUCAGGCUAAUCUCGAGGCUGUAAGAUGGAGAGUGAAUAUAGGAAAAUACUAUUGUUGAAUGGCCUGGACCAAAUCACAGAGGAGGAGCUGAAACGGUUCAAGUUCCUUGUCACAGACAAGUUCGGCAUCCCGAGGAGCAAGCUGGAGGAAGCUACAAACAGGACAGAGUUAGCAGACCUGCUGAUUCAGAGUACAACAAACCCAUCAACUGCACUGAAAAAGACUAUUCGUCUGUUCCUGGACUUGAAUUAUAGGAAUGCUGCAAAUUCUCUUCAGGAGGCAAAGAAAACAGUUGAUAGUCGAUUCAAGACAAACACAAAGAAGAAAGGAACACAGGAAGUAAGAAAAAGAAGUCAAGCUGAAAACUGUUCUGGUGCCUCUGCUGCUAGCACAGACAAAGUCUCCAAGAAACGCCCUGCUGCAGCAGUCUGUCCUCCAGCCAAGCAUUGUCAGGCUAAAAAGGCCAAGAAUAUGACAGGCAGUUCUACAAAGACACAAAAGACAGUGACUACAAAGAAUACUAAAGAGGCUCACCAUCAGAAAACAAAAACAAAGAAAACUAAGAAGAAACAACCAAAGAAGAAACAAAACAAUUAAAUAUCAGAAUGACACAAACCGACAAUGUCUGAAAUCCUACAUUUUCUACCUGAUGCAGAAGUGAACGAAAAACAUUAAGUGUGCUUAUGAAAUCAUUAAAACACUGUGUUUGUAAUAUC